UACUCGAGAGAAGACGUCGCCAAGCACGCCGCGCGCGACGAUCUGUGGGUGAUCAUCGACGGCAAGGUGUACGAUUUGACCGAGUACGUGGACGAACACCCGGGCGGCGCGGACGCCAUCGCGCGAAACGCGGGCGGAGACGCGACGACUGGAUUCAACGGGCCGCAGCACCCGUCGAGAGUGUUCGACAUCGUGGACGAUUACUUGAUCGGCGCGUUGAAGUGA